CGCGCUUGCGGUGGUCUGUGCGGCGACGGGUGACGACGUCGCGCUGGAGGCGAAAACUGCAGUAAGUUCAGCGUCGAAGAAGAUGUAAAGAGGUGAUGUUUCCAGAAAGAUUUCCACGACCUGUGAUUCGGCGGUGAAGCCGUGACGGUCUAAAGCGGCUGUCAUCUCUCUUCACAAUCGUUGAGGAACUUGAGGGAUGCGCCCAGGUCCAACUACCACUACCUUCUGAGCCUAUAACACAUUUUAUCUCACUACCAACGUUGCAUACAAGCGGAAAUGUCUCGCUCCACGGGAAGGACCCUAGAAUCGCGCAAAGCCUACCGCAUCUUCGGCGAGGACGAAGAAAGCAGUGGCGGCGACAGCGAUCUCGACAUCCUCAAGACGGAGCGCAAGAAGCUGGACCUCUCGCAAUCUAUUCAGCUCGUGACGUCCCAGCAAGCAUCCCACACCAGCAACCCUUCCAUCUCGCUACCCAACGACGACACCGACUCCGAUCCCUCUCCCAGGCAAACCUCGUUCUCCAAGCCCAACUCACGAAAGCGCAAACCUCCUCCCGCCGACCCAGCAGACGAUACCACGGCAAGCGCCAGCUCAGACAAGGAGACAGACUUCGAAUGGCCCUCCGACGACCCCACUGUCGAGUACCUCGCCUUCAAAGCCCGGCGCACCCAGAGACGCAAGGCCGCCGCUGCGGAAACGAACCGGAUCCGCAAGGCGAAGAAAUCCCGUGUUGCUGCCUCGAGGGCUAUCAUCGGGAGGAAGAAGAUCCCACCAGCCGCCCAGAAAGGAUCAACGAGACGAGAUAUCACGGGAUAUAGUGCAGGUUCGGAUGUCGAGAAUGGGAAUGCUGAGGGGGAGAGCAAAGAGGAGGUUACGUAUUUGGAUGAACCGACGCCGGAGUAUAUAGAAAAGAGACGGAAGGACUUGAAGAGAUUGCAUGAUGCUGGGUUGAGGUAUCCGCCCUAUUACGAUGACAUAGAAUUUUCUGACGAUGAGGAUGAGAAUGAGGAGGAGAAGCCGGUCUUACAUCCAGACAUCAAGACACAGCGCCCAAAGAAAGAUAUUCUCCUCCGAGAGUCUCAUGGUAUUAUACCCGCGCCGAUUGCGCAGUGGUUGCGUGAUUACCAGGUCGAUGGCGUGGAGUGGCUUCAUGAGAAGUGUGUGAAUCAGCGCGGAGCGAUACUAGGGGAUGAUAUGGGAUUGGGAAAGACGAUCCAAGUGAUCGCAUUCCUGACGGCAGCCUUUGGCAAGUCGGCCACCAAAAGAGACGUGAAGCGUAUGCGGAAGAUUCGACGAGCGGGAGACGACCGGUGGUAUCCCAGAGUGCUGAUUGUGUGUCCCGGAACACUGAUGCAGAAUUGGGAAGACGAGCUGCAGAAAUGGGGAUGGUGGUAUGCAGACAAGUUCCACGGUCAUCCGAAGGAUAAACAGGGUGUACUCAAUGCCAUUCGAGGCGGUCGAUCCGAAAUCAUGAUAACCACCUACUCCACCUACCGCAACUCGGAGAGCGAAAUCAACACCAUAGACUGGGACUGCGUCAUUGCAGAUGAAUGCCACCAGAUCAAAUCGCGCAACGCCGAAAUCACAAAAGCCAUGAAUAGAGUCAAUGCCCUCUGCCGCAUCGGCCUCACCGGCACAGCCAUCCAAAACAAGUACGAGGAGCUCUGGACGCUCCUCAACUGGGCGCAACCGGGGCACUACGGGUCCGCGCAAGAAUGGAAACAAACUAUUAGUCUCCCUCUCAAGAUCGGUCAGGCCCACGAUGCCACGCACGCCCAGCUCGCCAACGCGCGCUCCAAAGCCAACGAGCUCGUCAAAGAGAUCCUGCCGCCCGUCUUCCUCCGCAGAAUGAAGACUCUCAUCGCGCACCAACUGCCCAAGAAAUCCGACCGCGUCGUCUUCUGCAAACUCACCCCGACACAGUCAAAAGCGUACAAGGCGUUCAUCGACUCUCCCCGCUGCGAAUACAUCCGCCGCUCCAGGGAACCCUGUGACUGCGGCAGCGGCAAGGGGCGCGGAUGGUGCCACUAUCAAGAGCUCACCGCCGAAGAUGGCGGCGGCAAAUGGCUCAUGUGGAUGUUCCCUGCCAUGGUCACUCUAUCCAAGUUGGCGAACCACAUCGCCCUCCUACUCCCACAGACGACCGACUCGCCCGAGAAACAAGCCAAAGACCUGGAUAACCUGCAACUCGCCUGCCCCGACAAGUGGAAAGAGCUGUACCGCAUGAAAGACAGCAUCUUCAAUCUCUCCCAGCGAGAGUACUGCGGCAAGUGGUCCGUCCUCAAACGCCUCCUCAACUUUUGGCACCAGAACGGCGACAAGGUGCUCGUCUUCUCCCACUCUGUGCGUCUGCUCCGCCUCCUCAAAGCCCUCUUCGACGUCGACGGAAUGAAGUACAACUGGAGCUACCUGGACGGCAGCAUGAGUCUCGAGGACCGAGCCAAGGCGGUCGCGGACUUCAACAGCGAUGCAAACCAAUUCGUCUUCCUGAUUAGCACCAAAGCGGGAGGAGUGGGCCUGAACAUCACAUCCGCCAACAAAGUCGUCGUCAUGGACCCCAACUGGAAUCCGUCGUACGACCUCCAGGCGCAGGACCGCGCGUAUCGAAUCGGGCAGACGAGAGAUGUCGAGGUCUUUCGGCUGGUGAGUUCCGGCACGAUUGAGGAGAUUGUGUAUGCGAGGCAGAUAUAUAAGCAGCAGCAGGCGAAUAUUGGGUAUACGGCUAGCGAUGAGAGACGCUAUUUCAAGGGCGUGAUGGAUAGCAGUGAGAAGAAGGGCGAGCUGUUCGGCUUGGAGAACCUGUUCGAUUACAAGGAGCAGGGUUACAUGCUGAGAGAAAUUGUGCGCAAGACGAACGUGGCCGAGACGAAGGCGGCGGGGGUGAGUGCCCUGGAUUUCCAGCCCGACGAAGAGGACGAAGAGGACGAAGAGGCGGAUUUGCUGUCGAAUCAGAGUUUGGGCAUCAUUGAUGAGGAUGGGGGGAGUAGUGGUGGGGGCAGUAGGCAGUUGAGGAGGAUUGCGGAGCGCAUGGUGGGUGGCAUGGACAAGGAGAAGCCGAAGCCAAAUCCGAUUAAUGCGAUUCUGGCCAAGGCGGGAGUGCAAUAUACGCAUGAGAAUUCAGAGGUCAUUGGGCGCAGCAAGAUGGAGGCGAAGCUCAGCAGGAUGGCGCUCGAGGUGCAGAAUGAUCUGGAGCUGGGGCCGAGACGCGUCUUCCAGAUGUCUCAGAGUCAAAGCCAGAGCCAAGGGCUGGAAUUGGAGUAUAGUGAGGAUGAGAGAGAUGCAAGGGACGAUGUUCGCCUCGUAGGAGAGGGGAGACCAGGGGAAGAGUUCAAAAUCAACUACAAGUACCGACCGAAUGAAGGGAUUCGGAGCAGACAGUUCUGCUCCAUGGCGAAGAUGAUGGGGUACGAGGAUCCGGUUGAGUUUGCGCUUGUCGUCGAGGAUAUGACGCAAGAGGAGCGGAUAUCGACUCUCGAGAAAUUCUAUCGGAUGAGGCGGAGAGAGAUUGCGGAGGAGUUCAAAGGAUCGUAGAGUGUGUAGCCUUUUCGGUGCCAUAUAGAUACCCCCUGCGGCAGCUUUCAUGAACUCAGACCUUGUCAUUGGCAUCAUCAAGCUCGGAGCUAUACACUCUGUCAGUAUGCAUAUAGAUAGCACAGCAUCGCCGUCCUCAUAAGUCCCAAGACAUUGAACGACCAGUCAAAU